UCAGAAUGUUUUGUAAGAGAUAUGGGGCAACAAGUUAAACGUAACGCCACAUUUCCAUAGUCUAAUUUAUAAACAAGAUGCAGAUAAGUAGGCGAGGAUAUACAGUAUAUAUAUAUAUAUUUGUAAGGUGUGACGUUUAUGAGGAUAUAUUUAUAUGAGGAUAUAAAUUGAGGUCAGAUAUGGAGGAAAGACGAGACAGAAAAAAAGUGGUAAAAUAUUACAAUGAAAUGUUGCUACUUUAUAGUUAGCCUAGCUGUUUUAUUUUAUUUUUCACCAAUAUUCUGUGUAUAGUCAACAUGUGCUAGUUAUAUAUUAUAGCUAUAUGCUUUAUAUAUUGAGUGUUUGUUGUUUGAUUAUAAAAUGUUAAUAAACAAGUGUGUGUUUGUGUGUGUACACAUACAUGUUUUAAUCAUUUCUAAUUAAGAUACACAUUAUCUUCUGUUCUUUUUAAUCAAAGAUGGCCCAGGCAGGAGUAUGUGAUAUCUUGCAAAUAACAAAGAAAAGAAAAGAAACUUUUAUGUAAGGGUUGUUUUGUUUUAUAAUUGCUUACAUUUUGUCCGGCUGUUUACUGGUAGGUUCUUGCAACUUAUUUCUAAAAGCAAAAGUUGGCGCGUGCUGGAUGAAAAUGUUACAAUGUUUACAAAGAGACAGACAGACAGCGUCGCUCACGUGCUCUCAGUCUGGCACGUGCCGCUCGGCAACGACACGAUCACAACAAACAGGAGCGCGCGCCUGACCCUAGUGACCUCGCGCCGACCUCGGGUCAAGCCGGGGCCAGGUGCGCAGCGCCCCAGACAGACCGCAUUCCCGGAGGGAGUCCGCUAUAAAUAUCUCGGGGUGAUGGUGGGUGACACACACCUGCCUCAGCCUGGACGGGAUGCAGUCCACCUCACUGACCGAGCGCGAGAAGGGCGCCCCCGCAGCCGACGGCUGUUUCCGGAUGUGGCGGGACUACAUGGACCUCGGCAGGACUCUGUCCCAGCUGCUGCGGCAUCGCGAGGAAGCCCCAGGCGCUGAGGUCCCCGGGAUGCCCCCGGAGAGUUUCGUGAGAGCCGGCUCCAGCGGCAACGUCUCCAGCUCCUCCGCCUCCUCCAGCCGCGACCUGCGGACCCCGCGGGACUUCUGCGGAUUCUGCCGGCAAAACGGAGAGACGCCGGUGGUGUACACGAGUCACAGACUGAGAGGCCGAGACGGCCGGAUCCUCUGUCCCAUCCUGAGGAGCUACGUGUGUCCGUUCUGCUCCGCCACCGGAGACUGGGCGCACACCCGCCACUACUGCCCGCGGCGAAACUCACGGAAGACCGGCGACGCGUGACCCCGUUCAAGUGACACGUGACUUCCGGGUUGGACGUUUGUUGUGAGAAAAAAAAAAAGUGUUAAAAAAUGUUUACAUGUUAAUGGUUGAAACUUGUUUAUUGCGGUUCAUUUCAAAAUAAAAAUAUUUUUCUAGUA